UUACAGGCUACAGUCUUCACCUAACGUUCCAAACAACUGUUCCCGUCACCCUUCAUUCUGAAAUCAUUGGACAUUCUCGACUUCAUGCGAUCUGUCUCGGGAACCCGUUGCACGGUUCGAACCCCCUCCAGCACCAUACCACGACCUUCAUCUCGAUCACACCUUGGUCCAGAGACAUUUCACCGUGCUGCUUCCCUUCACCAACAUUCAUAUUAGCACUUCUCAUCUCAAGAUUUCAUCAUGUUGGACGAUGAGACCAGAGGACUGGGGCCAGAGUCCGAUGACGAGGAGGAGUAUUCGGAUGAGGAAGACGACAUAACUAGUCAAACAAGACACGCCAUUGCCGACAUGAAGACGAAUUUCAACAGCCAAGCAACUCAAGACACCAUUGACCAGUUUUUGUUUGAUCAUCGCGUCGUAGUGAGCCACGUUGGUCAGAACGGAGUCACAUUCUUCCACAAAAUUGUCCAGCUUGUAGACGACAAGGACAACGAAAAUUCGCUCACGGCGUCAUCUAUAAAGCCCUUGUUCGAGACACUCGUUAAGAGGUACCCGGACCUGCUCAGAUAUAAGGACCAGGAAGGCCAGACUGCCCUCUACCGCGCCAUCAAACUCAAGAGACACACCUGGAAACUUGUCGACUACAUCCUGAACAGCUUACUUCGGAACUUGGUCGCGAAGGCGGGCGAGACCGCCUUGGGGCUCUCCGAUGGCUCCCACCGGACUCCCAUGCAUUAUGCAGUUCAGUAUAAGCAGUGCACUGAUCAGCGCGUCCAAGUCAUCAAGCUUCUUCUUGACAAGGACGCCGAGAUCGUCAGGAACAACAAUUCUUCUGGAACGGUUCGACCGUUUAGAACCUUUCUGGACGAAACGUACCUGAGAAAGGAGGAGGGAAAACAGGACGAGGUCGAGUACUCCGUCUAUGGCGAGCAAGAGAGGACAGCAAAGGCCUACCUCAAGGCUCUAGAGGAGGAGCGAGACACGAAAGGGCGGAAUGCCGAAAAGGACCGCACGGAUGUGAAGGAAGCAGCCGGUACCAACCUGGCCACCAAAGACAAGGAACCGCCGAAGCCAGUUCCCCCAAAAGAGUUGAAGAGUCAGGCCGGCGGGGAGCGUGAUCGUGCAGGCAGGAGAACUUUGCCGGAUCGAGAACAACCCAAACAGGCUUCUGCGUCUCUCGUAUCAAAGUUGGACGAGAGUGACAGAAUACGACUUGAGCUCAGGGAGAAGGAAGAACGAGAGCAUCAAGAGAGGAGGUCUAGAGAGGAGAGAAAGCAGCGAGAAAGAGCUUCCGAGAGAGACGGCAAUCGUCCAAGACAGUCCAAGGACCAGAAAGAUCGCCUCGAUGAGUCAACUGGCGACCUUCCCAAGAUCCACGUCACCACGAAUGGAGCAGAACAUACGCCCAACACCCCGCUGAAGAGAGUUGCCACUCAGAGGCUCGACGUUACUGUGGAGGCAAUACUACUUUACGGAUGCGAAGAAGGAGAAGAAGGCGCCGGCUUCGUCCAAGAAGGGAUCCAGAAAGACAGACCCAGAAGUUUGGCAAAGAACUCUGCACAAAUCCUCAGAAUGUUGAAGCUGCGCGACAUGAGGACUAGGAGCAUCAAGAUGGCUACCUCUUUUCUGUAUGGAAAGAACAUUCGAGAAGACAUACAGAUCUGUUUCGACUACGAGGGGCUUCCGUCAGAGAUCCAAGACCACGUCUUCAUGGAGCGUUUUGGUGCAGAUCGCGAUAGCGGCAUUCGUUUCGACGAAGUGCUGAUGCACGUCAGGUUCCCGACUGUUGCCGUGAAACGCACCGGCAGAAGGGCGCCGAAACCGCGAGCCCUGGGGCGGCAGGACAUGGAGUUCUUCUUUGAAUGGCUUAACAACAAGGGCGUGCGCCGGAUCCUCAAUGACGAGUCGAUUCAGAAUUCGCUGGAGAAGAUUGUCGUCGAACAUCUCGACUGGCAGAAGACAGACCUGGACCCUCGAAUUAUCUGUCACGUCAGGAACACAACUGCCGAGGAUGAAACGUCCGAAACAGUCAGGGUUGACCUUCGCGAAGUGACUCUCAAAUGGAGUGGUAACAACGUAGUCUUGCGCUCGUGGAGCGAGGUUAGCGGGUUAUCGAAGCUGCCCAAGCUCGAGGUUAUCCAUCUCAACGUUCCGGCCCAAGACUGGGUCCGGAUGAAUAUUGACGACUUUGGUGCUCGCCUGAAUACAAAUGCCAACGACGCCCGGAAUGACAACAGCCGCUCAGAGGAACCGGGCUCAAAUACGUCUCAGGUUUCAGAGGUCUCGAUGGAGCAGUUAGCCACCACAGCUGACUCUAAACCACCCGCUGGGCGCAAGAUUGUCGUCUUCCCUAGAGAUGGUAAAAAGGGCACGGAUAUACCCAUGCCAUUCAGUGGUGUGCCAAAGCCGGCCAGAUCUAAUCCCGUCACCGAGCAUGACUGGCUCAACUGCACGGAGCGGUUUGGCGGAUGCAUGGAUGGAGUCUCAGAUGUCCUCCAAAGCCCGGGGAAGGAUGUUGUUGUUGCGCUUAUAGAUGACGGUGUUGACUGCUGUGACGCGACCUUUUCGGGUCGUGUCAUUGAGGGCAAGACAUUCGACUACCAAGACAGAAGUGUCGGGCAAUACUACAUCUCAGCAAAGGGCCAUGGGACUGAGAUGUCGAGAAUGAUUCUGAAAGUGUGCCCGAUGGCCAGCAUAUACUCCAUCCGACUCAAGACACACACAAGUCCAGACAAGGGCCUGUCUACAAUUGAUGCCGUUUCUGCAGCCCUGGCCAUUGAAGCCGCACUGGAAAAGAAUGCCACCAUCAUCUCCAUGUCGUGGACACUGCCUGUGCCGUCGGAGGGAAGUGAAGAGAAGCGGCUUCUCUAUUUAGUCCUGGAGAGGGCAUGCAAUCAGAACGUUUUGAUGUUUUGCUCGUCACCAGACCAGAUCUCUGCAGCUCCCCACUAUCCCUCGGCUUUCAGACGUUCAAGAUUCUUUCUUAUUGGUGCGGCGCACGAUGACGGUAGUGUUUAUGGCCAUGCUGGGAAGAAUAACGACUUCAUCUUUCCUGGAGUCAACGUGAACACGAGUAGUGGAAGCGAGUCGACAGGGUCGAGUAUCGCCACAGCUCUCGCUGCCGGCCUGGCUGCCAUGAUCACGUACUGUUUCAAGGCGAGCGCGUUGGGAAGUUUCAUGGCGAGGAUGCAGCAAGGCGAGGACCACGUUGCCGGCCCGGAGCUUGCAUCUGUGCACCCGGAUGAUGUCAACAGGAUUGCCCAACAUACUAUUCUGAAGACGGCGUUCCACAGGCUCGGCAAAAUGGAGAACGGGCAGUUUAUUGAGGUGUGGAAGAGGUUCCAGACAGCGAGUCAGAUUCUCGAGGGAGAGAAUAAGUACGAGGAGAAGCUCAGCUGCAUUACUAAACUUUGCUCAAACCUCAUUGAGCAUUAG